CGCUGAUCACUUUCGAUUUGACUCUAAAUUAUAAAGUUGACGUUCUAGCCUACAGUUCAAACCGAUUUGAUCAGAUUUGUAUAUGCCUAUAUCUUCUCAUUUAAAUUAUAUCGUAAACUGGAUUAUUAUGCAACGAUAAACGAUAUAGUUUGUUAUUUUAGCGUGUGUGAAUGAAUAAAGUUCCGGAGCGCUCGACCGAACGACGUCGUUGACAGAAAUGAAGACGUAGAAUUCUCCAGUCGGCAAAUUCCGUUAAGCUGCACAAUUAUGGCAUCCAAUGAGCGUUCUCAACCGAAAAGGUGGAGGAGGAAGAGCAGCAUGGAGGAGCCCCCUUAUUUGUCAGGCGAUGCAGAGUUUAGAGUCCUUCUCUUUGGGAGAAGUGGCCACAGUCAAUUUUCUCUGGCAAACUCCAUUCUGGGGACAGAUGUGUUCAGCGAUGAGCUCUGCAACAUUACAGAGAGUCAGAGACACAGGAGCGAGGCGUUCGAGAGGAAACUAGCUGUGGUCAACACUCCAAACCUCUCUGAGUACGAGGCAUCCCAGAAAGAGCUGAGAAGAGUGUUCAAGUUGUCUGUGUGUAUGUCCUCUCCUGGUCCCUACGUCGUUCUCUUUGCAUUCGACCUGAACAACAUCUCACCAAGUGCAGCAAGCAUCCUGGAACUCGUCACAAAGCAUUUUGGGGACAGCAUCUUGAACCACAUGAUGGUUGUGGUGUGUCAUGAAGAGGAGAAGGAGGAUUCAGCUCUUGAGGAGAAAGUCCAGACUAACAGAGACUUCAGGGAGCUCAUUGAGAAGUGUGGCCGAAGGUAUCACCUCUUCAAUGAGAGGAAGGCCCAGAGAGAUGAGAAGGUUUCCAGACAGCUCCUGGAGAAGAUGGACGACAUGGUGAGGGAAAACGGAUACAGAUUCUACUCCAAUCACCAAUACCAGGAAGCAGAGGAGAGAAUCCAGAAAGAGGAGUGUUUCAUGAUGAAAGGGAGAAAGAAAGAGAUGCUGACAAAGAGGAAGGAGCUGGAGAGCAGGUACACAGGUACACUCCUUGAGAAGGAGCUGGAGAGCAGGUACACAGGUACACUCCUUGAGAAGGAGCUGGAGAGCAGGUACACAGGUACACUCCUUGAGAAGGAGCUGGAGAGCAGGUACACAGGUACACUCCUUGAGAAGGAGCUGGAGAGCAGGUACACAGGUACACUCCUUGAGAAGGAGCUGGAGAGCAGGUACACAGGUACACUCCUUGAGAAGGAGCUGGAGAGCAGGUACACAGGUACACUCCUUGAGAAGGAGCUGGAGAGCAGGUACACAGGUACACUCCUUGAGAAGGAGCUGGAGAGCAGGUACACAGGCACACUCCUUGAGAAGGAGCUGGAGAGCAGGUACACAGGUACACUCCUUGAGAAGGAGCUGGAGAGCAGGUAUACAGGUACACUCCUUGAGAAGGAGCUGGAGAGCAGGUACACAGGUACACUCCUUGAGAAGGAGCUGGAGAGCAGGUACACAGGUACACUCCUUGAGAAGGAGCUGGAGAGCAGGUACACAGGUACACUCCUUGAGAAGGAGCUGGAGAGCAGGUACACAGGUACACUCCUUGAGAAGGAGCUGGAGAGCAGGUACACAGGUACACUCCUUGAGAAGGAGCUGGAGAGCAGGUACACAGGUACACUCCUAGAGAAGGAGCUGGAGAGCAGGUAUACAGGUACACUCCUUGAGAAGGAGCUGGAGAGCAGGUACACAGGUACACUCCUUGAGAAGGAGCUGGAGAGCAGGUACACAGGUACACUCCUUGAGAAGGAGCUGGAGAGCAGGUACACAGGUACACUCCUUGAGAAGGAGCUGGAGAGCAGGUACACAGGUACACUCCUUGAGAAGGAGCUGGAGAGCAGGUACACAGGUACACUCCUUGAGAAGGAGCUGGAGAGCAGGUACACAGGUACACUCCUUGAGAAGGAGCUGGAGAGCAGGUACACAGGUACACUCCUUGAGAAGGAGCUGGAGAGCAGGUACACAGGUACACUCCUUGAGAAGGAGCUGGAGAGCAGGUACACAGGUACACUCCUUGAGAAGGAGCUGGAGAGCAGGUACACAGGUACACUCCUUGAGAAGGAGCUGGAGAGCAGGUACACAGGUACACUCCUUGAGAAGGAGCUGGAGAGCAGGUACACAGGUACACUCCUUGAGAAGGAGCUGGAGAGCAGGUACACAGGCACACUCCUUGAGAAGGAGCUGGAGAGCAGGUACACAGGUACACUCCUUGAGAAGGAGCUGGAGAGCAGGUAUACAGGUACACUCCUUGAGAAGGAGCUGGAGAGCAGGUACACAGGUACACUCCUUGAGAAGGAGCUGGAGAGCAGGUACACAGGUACACUCCUUGAGAAGGAGCUGGAGAGCAGGUACACAGGUACACUCCUUGAGAAGGAGCUGGAGAGCAGGUACACAGGUACACUCCUUGAGAAGGAGCUGGAGAGCAGGUACACAGGUACACUCCUUGAGAAGGAGCUGGAGAGCAGGUACACAGGUACACUCCUUGAGAAGGAGCUGGAGAGCAGGUACACAGGCACACUCCUUGAGAAGGAGCUGGAGAGCAGGUACACAGGUACACUCCUUGAGAAGGAGCUGGAGAGCAGGUAUACAGGUACACUCCUUGAGAAGGAGCUGGAGAGCAGGUACACAGGUACACUCCUUGAGAAGGAGCUGGAGAGCAGGUACACAGGUACACUCCUUGAGAAGGAGCUGGAGAGCAGGUACACAGGUACACUCCUUGAGAAGGAGCUGGAGAGCAGGUACACAGGUACACUCCUGGAGAAGGAGCUGGAGAGCAGGUACACUCCUUGAGAAGGAGCUGGAGAGCAGGUACACAGGUACACUCCUUGAGAAGGAGCUGGAGAGCAGGUACACAGGUACACUCCUUGAGAAGGAGCUGGAGAGCAGGUACACAGGUACACUCCUUGAGAAGGAGCUGGAGAGCAGGUACACAGGUACACUCCUUGAGAAGGAGCUGGAGAGCAGGUACACAGGUACACUCCUUGAGAAGGAGCUGGAGAGCAGGUAUACAGGUACACUCCUUGAGAAGGAGCUGGAGAGCAGGUACACAGGUACACUCCUUGAGAAGGAGCUGGAGAGCAGGUACACAGGUACACUCCUUGAGAAGGAGCUGCUGCAGUUUGAGACAGGGAUAAGAGUAGAGAACCGAGCGAAGGCUGAGAGGAAGAUCUCAGAGGUACUGGGAUUUACUCUCACAGCAGUUGACUAUGCUGCUGCAGUAGGUAAAGGGGCAGCUCUAGGGGCUUUAUGUGGAGCGGUUGUGGGGAUUGAGGGUAUGGUGGUGGGAGCCGCUGUAGGUGCCGUCGUCGGGGGGGGCAUAGGAGGUGCUGUCAGUGCGGCAUGGGGUUACCUCACAAACACUGCUGCACAAAUGAAUAGACGUUGAGACAAUGCUGCUUACAUCGAUGAGGCAUUGCACAGUUUAACAGAUUGGGUCAUUUUGGUGCCGUUCCUGCCCAGUUUAACAGAUUGGGUCAUUAUGAUGCCUGCCCAGUUUAACAGAUUGGGUCAUUAUGAUGCCUGCCCAGUUUAACAGAUUGUGUCAUUUUGAUGCCGUUCCAACACAGUUUAACAGAUUGUGUCAUUAUGAUGCCGUUCCUGCCCAGUUUAACAGAUUGUGUCAUUAUGAUGCCGUUCCUGCCCAGUUUAACAGAUUGUGUCAUUAUGAUGCCUUCCCAGUUUAACAGAUUAUGUCAUUAUGAUGCCUGCCCAGUUUAACAGAAUGUGUCAUUAUGAUGCCUGCCCAGUUUAACAGAUUGUGUCAUUAUGAUGCCUGCCCAGUUUAACAGAUUGUGUCAUUAUGAUGCCUGCCCAGUUUAACAGAUUGUGUCAUUAUGAUGCCUGCCCAGUUUAACAGAAUGUGUCAUUAUGAUGCCUGCCCAGUUUAACAGAAUGUGUCAUUAUGAUGCCUGCCCAGUUUAACAGAUUGUGUCAUUAUGAUGCCUGCCCAGUUUAACAGAUUGUGUCAUUAUGAUGCCUGCCCAGUUUAACAGAUUGUGUCAUUAUGAUGCCUGCCCAGUUUAACAGAUUGUGUCAUUAUGAUGCCUGCCCAGUUUAACAGAUUGUGUCAUUAUGAUGCCUGCCCAGUUUAACAGAUUGUGUCAUUAUGAUGCCUGCCCAGUUUAACAGAUUGUGUCAUUAUGAUGCCUGCCCAGUUUAACAGAUUGUGUCAUUAUGAUGCCUGCCCAGUUUAACAGAUUGUGUCAUUAUGAUGCCUGCCCAGUUUAACAGCACUGUCAGAUGUGUAGAGGUCUGAGGCUAAUCAGUUCAGUAAUACAUGUUAUUUGUCAGUGAGAAAAUAUUCAGAGAUGUAUGUUUUGUAGAUAUUAGACGCUGUUGAUUUGUUUUUUUGGGCUGCUGAUCUGGUGAUGGUUAUUUUAAACAGAUUCAUUGUUGAAAUACGUAAAUCAUGAAUAAAGGGAAGAUCCUUUAACGAUGGAAUAUUUAAACACGUUAUAAAUGUACUGUUGCUUUGAUGUCUUUGGAAUUCCCAAUACAUCUGUGUACUUUUAAAUAGGAAAUAAAUAUUCAUUCUAAAUCCAUUUAUGAAAGUUACAUAGUUAUUUUUUAUGUUAUAUUACUGUUGUUGUAUAUGUCUCUAUUUUGCCUAAUAAAUUCCAUCUUUAAAAAAUGAAAAUAAAUCCCAGUUUUGCUU